AUGGGAGCCUAUGCCAUGGUGACUGACACCAACAUCUCAUCUGGCCUCGAGAGCAACACCACGGGCAUCACAGCCUUCUCCAUGCCUGGCUGGCAUCUGGCAUUGUGGGCAGCAGCCUACCUGGCCCUGGUGCUGGUGGCUGUGAUGGGCAAUGCUGCGGUUAUCUGGAUCAUCCUGGCCCAUUGGAGGAUGCGCACGGUCACCAACUACUUCACUGUCAACGUGGCCCUGGCCGACCUCUGCAUGGCCACCUUCAACGCCGCCUUCAUCGUCUAUGCCAGCCACAACAUCUGGUACUUCGGCCGUGCCUUCUGCUACUUCCAGAACCUCUUCCCCAUCACAGCCAUGUUCGUCAGCAUCUACCCCAUGACUGCCAUCGCCGCCGACAGGUACAUGGCUAUCGUCCACCCCUUCCAGCCACGGCUCUCGGCCCCCAGCACCAGAGCAGUAAUUGCUGGCAUCUGGCCGGUGGCCCUGGCCCUCGCCUUCCCCCAGUGCUUCUACUGCACCAUCACCAUGGACCGGGGUGCCACCAAGUGCGUGGUGGCCUGGCCCGAAGACAGCGGCGGCAAGAUGCACCUUUUGUACCACCUCGCUGUGAUCGCCCUCAUUUACUUCCUGCCUCUCGUGGUGAUGUUCGUCGCCUACAGUGUCAUCGGUCUCACGCUCUGGAGACGCACUGUCCCAGGGUACGAGGUGCAUGGCGCCAACUUGCGCCACCUGCGGGCCAAGAAGUUUGUGAAGACCAUGGUGCUGGUGGUGGUGACAUUUGCCAUCUGCUGGCUGCCCUACCACCUCUACUUCAUCCUGGGCAGCUUCCAGGAGGACAUCUACUGCCACAAGUUCAUCCAGCAGGUCUACCUGGCGCUCUUCUGGCUGGCCAUGAGCUCCACCAUGUACAAUCCCAUCAUUUAUUGCUGCCUCAACCACAGGUUCCGCUCUGGAUUCCGGCUUGCUUACCAUUGCUGCCCAUGGGUCAUGCCAACUGAGGAGGACACGAUUGAGCUGACUCACACCUCAUCCCUUUCCACAAGGGUCAACAGGUGUCACACUAAAGACUCUGUGGGCCCCUCUGGGGCUGCCAGUGGGCAGGCUGGAAGUCUGCAAGCUGAAGUGUCUACUGACCCCUGA